CUGCACUACGGGAGCCUCCUGGGCAGCAGAGCUUGUGCCCAGAUGGCAGCAGCUGCCUGGGGCAGUGGCUUUCUCAAUGCUGUCCUGCACACGGCCACUACAUUUUCCCUGCCCUUCUGCCAAGGCAAUGCUGUGGACCAGUUCUUCUGUGAAAUCCCCCACAUCCUCAAGCUCUCCUGCUCAGAUGCCUACCACAGGGAAGUUGGGGCACUUGUGUUUAGUGUUUCUUUAACAUUUGGUUGUUUUGUUUUCAUUGUGGUGUCCUAUGUGGAGAUCUUCAGGGCAGUGCUGAGGAUGCCCUCUGAGCAGGGCCGGCAUAAAGCCUUUUCCACGUGCCUCCCUCACCUCACUGUGGUCUCCCUCUUUGUCAGCGCUGUCAUGUUUGCCUACCUGAAGCCCCCCUCCAUCUCCUCCCCAUCCCUGGACCUGGUGGUAUCAUUUCUGUACUCAGUUCUGCCUCCAUCAGUGAACCUCCUUAUCUACAGCAUGAGGAAUAAAGAUCUCAAGGAGGCACUGAGGAUGUUAUUGCAAUAUUCAGUAUUUCAGAGAGGAACCCGUCUUCUGCAUCUGAUUCCCUGA